AACACAUAACUUUUGAAUAUUCUGAUUUCGGAGAUCUCUACACAACUGCGAGCAAAAUUCCUCAUACAGAAGACAAACAGGCAAUGGCACGGUACCUAGCAAAAAUCGUCUAUUUGGGCGCCCAGGUAGUUGGGCGGGCGCUGGUGAAGACCUUGCGCCAGGAGAUCGAGGUCUGCCAGGAGGCGGCCCGGAUCCAGGAGACACUGCGGGCCAACGCGCCCAGCGACCGGGAUGUGGCGGUCAAGGGGAUGACCCUGGUGGAGGCCCAGCAGAUCCUCAAUGUGAAGGACCUGAGUGACCGGCAGGCGAUCGAGGCCCACUACCAGCACUUGUUCCGGGCGAACGACAAGAACUCCGGCGGCACCUUCUACAUCCAGUCGAAGGUCUUUCGGGCCAAGGAACGGAUCGACCAGGAACUGGCCCAGACCCACGACCACCGUUCUGCAUCAUCCACAGCCCCGUCACAAUCCCAGUUUCAGACCAAGGAGCCGGUCCACAAAGACCAGUGAUCAUUCCCAACUGGAAUAUGGAUAUCUAAGCGGUUUGCAAUCGAUCUGUCCUGUCAUGUUAAUAACCAAAUCUGUCAUCGCAUUCCUAGUACAUGUAUAUGCUUUAAUUGAAAAUAAACUAU